AUAAAAUACACAAAAAUAGCGUCGGUAUGAUCUUCUCUUGACCCUUGCUUUUUCCUUUGUUUUUUUGUUCGAACAGUAAAAGAAAAUUUCACCACCGCAAUAACCGCCGCAACCGACACCCAAAAUGAGGAAGGAACCACCGCCCUCCUCCCACACUUCCACCACCACCACCACCACCACUACCACCUUCGGGAAACUAUUUGUUUGCGUCGAAACAAAACUAUUAGUCGCGACAUUGUUAUCUUUUACUUUAGUUAUGUUCCUCUGGCAUCUCCCUCCUUACUACCAGAACUUCGUCUCCACCGCCCGUCCUUGCACCGCUCCACUCACCACCUCCGUCGCCGUCUCCGCCGUUGCCAACACCACCGCUACAAGUUUGCUAUCCACUAAUGUUUCACUUCCUUACACGGCUAAACCGAUAGCUAAAAAGUACAACUCGGUUCCUAAACCCAAACCCAGGGAUCCGAACAGGCGAGUCUUCGAAGCCUACGGUAACGCGGCGGCUUUAUUUGUUCAGAUGGGCGCUUACAGAGGCGGACCGACGACGUUCGCGGUGGUCGGAUUGGCUUCGAAGCCCGUUCACGUCUUCGGCAAGCCGUGGUUCAAAUGCGAGUGGAUCUCGAACAACGGAUCUUCUUACCGAUCCAAAGCUUACAAAAUGCUACCCGACUGGGGCUACGGCCGAGUCUACACCGUCGUGGUGGUGAACUGCACCUUCCCGUUCAACCCGAACCAAGACAACACCGGCGGGAAGCUAAUGGUGAACGCUUACUACGGCGAAUCCCAGAAAAAAUACGAAAAAUUCAUGGCUCUAGAAGAAUCGCCCGGAUCUUACAACGAAUCGAAAUUCCAACCGCCGUAUCAAUACGAGUAUUUGUACUGUGGAUCGUCUUUAUACGGGAAUCUCAGCGCCGAUAGGAUCCGCGAAUGGAUGGCUUACCAUGCUUGGUUCUUCGGACCCAGCUCUCAUUUCGUGUUCCACGACGCCGGCGGGGUGUCGCCCGAUGUUAUGGCGGUUCUCAAGCCGUGGGUCCGAGCCGGGAGAGCUACGGUUCAGGAUAUAAGGGACCAAGCCGAGUACGAUGGGUACUAUUAUAACCAGUUCUUGGUGGUGAAUGAUUGUUUGCACAGAUAUCGACAUUAUAAAACUUGGAUUAAUUUCACUAAAAGCCCCCAAUUUAUCCUCGGAUAUCAAUUUAGUCCUAAGCUUCAAAUCUUACUAUUUGUCAGGCAAUGGGGAUUUGAGAAGCUACUCUUCAGAGAUUCAAGAACCAAGAUUCGACGUGAUCGGAAAUACGCUAUCCAGGCAAAAAACGCAUACUCAGCCGGAGUACACAUGUCGGAGAAUGUGAUCGGGAAAACAUUACACAAUACGGAGACAAAGAUCCGUUAUUACCACUACCACAACACGAUCACACACCAUGGAGAGCUAUGUCGGGAGUACCUCCCCGACACCGCGAAAACCAAUGUGAAUUGGUUCAACAAGUUGCCUUAUGUCUACGACGACAACAUGAAGAAACUAGCCAACACCAUCAAAGAAUUCGAGCUCAAGACCAUCGGAAAGAAACCCGAAGCCUUAACUAACAACGACCUAAUUGAUCCGAUCCAGAUGGAUUCGGCCCAAAACUAAUCCGAUCCGGCCAAGCAUUUUUGGGGAUCAACUCACGUGCUUAUUUGUCAUCAUUCUUGGAUUGGGAGUUGCUUGAGCUUUACUCCUCCAUUGCAGCCAUGGAUUUUUUAGUUUCGACCCCACAAGUACUAAAAUGAAUGGGAAAAAGCUGGAAAGAGGGACCAAUGUAUUGGCUGUAUAGGCGAGUGUUUUACUUGUAUCAAAAUUGCGCAUAGGGUCCCCUUCUUUUAUAAUAAUUAAUUUUUUAUCCUUAUAUC